AAGGCACCAAUUUAUGGUGAAUAAAAUAUGGCUAUGUCUUUUAUUAAAAUUGAUCAGUGCUAAUUUUAUAACAAAGCAUUCUUGGAAAGUACGAAUCUGGGUCACAUGUUCAUGCGACCAAAAUAAUUCACAACCAGAGUCAACUUGAGUCACAGGUGAAAGGAACCAUAAGUUCAGGUUGCAAGUCGAGUCACUGAACUCCCAGGUUGGAAGUCAAGCUGAGUUGCAUGUGUCUUGAGUAUCUAGUUCAAAUUAUAGUCGAUUUUAUCAACAAACUAAGAUUUUUCAUAUAAAUCAAAGGGACCUAUCACAAUAAAAAAUCUAGUCAAUUUUCGAUAUUAGUAGACCAAACGGUCGUUUCAAUAUAUUGUUGUUGUUCUUGUCCUUCGACACGUUUUUAAAAAGUCGCUUUUCUGUUUGAUUACUGGACCAAUUGCUCUAAAAUUUUCAGUGGUUAAAUAUAAAAUUUUUCUUUAGAAGGCGAUUAGCCUACUUUCAUUCAUUUCAAACGUGUCCAUAUAUUUGAGCAUAGCUCUUCAGCCUCAAGUCAAGUCUCCCUGAUGGUUUUUCAAUUUUUUUCAAGUCUAGUUAUUUCUAUGUCUACCUGAUCCCAUCCCAGCAUCAAGCAUAAAAUAAUAAUCUGACCAUUCACGUUCAAAAUCAAAAAGCACUCACAUGCAGGCAUGGGUAAAAACUAAAAGUACCGUACACAAUGCUUUACUCUUGCUGCUGCGUUAAAUCGUUUACAGUUUCGCCGACUGCCUUUAUUACUGUAAUUAAUUUGGCUACACACUGAUAUCAUUGUUCGAUUCGCUGAUGCAGUAACGAGGAAGGUGGCUAAGUAAACAUUUUGGUGUUCAGGUGUCAGAGACGCUUCGUCCAAGACACCAUUACGAAUUCAUUCUGCCAUCUCGUGAAUUAAUUUCAUGUUCACUAAAGCGUAGCGGAUUGCGCAAUAUCUGUUUUGAAUUUGCUGUUCACGUUUGUUUCCGAGUUACAGAAUUUUAGUCAGGUGAUGUCGUUGUGUUAUGUUUAUAACUAUUUUGAAUAUGUUUUGGAAAAGUGCUAACAAGUUAGUACCAAUUUGUAGACCAGCGAAGAAGACAUCAAUAAGAAUAUAUAGCACCCACAAAAAGGAUGAUUCUGAGAGACAAAAAGAAAUGAUGCGAAGAGGACUUCCCAAAGUACAAAAAAUUGAUGGUGUCAAAAAUAUUCUUCUUGUGGCUUCUGGAAAAGGAGGUGUUGGAAAAUCAACUGUGGCUGUGAAUCUGGCUUGUGCAAUGAAAUCCUUGAAAAAUAAUUUUAAAGUUGGUUUGCUGGAUGCAGAUAUUUAUGGUCCAUCAAUUCCAAAAUUAAUGAAUUUAAAAGGAAACCCAGAAUUGACUCAAGAUGACAAAAUGGUCCCUUUGACAAACUAUGAUAUUCCUUGCAUGUCUAUGGGAUUCUUGGUUGAUGAGAAAUCUCCAAUAGUAUGGAGGGGUCUGAUGGUCAUGCAAGCUAUUCAGAGACUACUAAGACAGGUCAACUGGGGAAUUCUUGAUAUCCUGGUAAUAGACAUGCCACCUGGAACAGGGGACGUGCAACUUUCAAUAACACAGAACGUACCAGUAACAGGUGCGAUAAUUGUAUCAACUCCUCAAGACAUCGCCCUUUCAGAUGCUCGUAGAGGAGCAGAGAUGUUUCAUAAAGUCAACGUGCCAGUUUAUGGGAUAAUACAAAACAUGAGUGUGUUCUGUUGCCCAAAUUGUGGAACAAAGACCAAUAUAUUUGGUACUGGAAUGUUGGAGAACCUGGCAACUGAAAUGAAGAUAGACAUUUUAGGAAAUAUUCCACUUCAUCCACAAAUUUGUGUAGAUUCAGACAGAGGAGUACCGAUAACAAUAAAUAGUCCAGAAAGUGAUCAAGCGAAAGAAUUUAUUAAGGUAGCUGAUAAAGUUUGCAAGCGAAUUUUCGAUUCUUGAUUAGAACAUUGGAAUCUGAUGCUUGUUUAGCGAGGAUUUCUAUCCAGUUCUUCAGCAACACUGUUCUGCUUGGCACUGUCCAUCGAGUUGAACAAUUCACACAAGUCUCCAUCAAUAACAUUCUAGAAUAAGUCAAAGGAAGAUCAUUGAAAAUAUGGAAAUAUUUUAGCCAUUGUGACAAUAAAAACUUACCUUGAGUGGAAAAUAGAACGAUCUGUAGGCAAGAUGAUCUCUACCUAGUAACGGCGAUGAUUCAUUUCUCAUAUGCAUUUCCAAAUGUUGGAAAAAGUCGUGAUCCUUCAAAAGAAAACAGUUUAUCAGUUAAAAAGUCAAUUUAUUGAAAUAUAUCAACAUAACUGGGUGAUCAAUUCUUUUUCAAGGAAUAUUUGAAUACUUUUAAAUGUAAAUAAAAUCUCUGCAAUCUAAUAAUA